AUGAUCUUCAAAAACCUAACACAUCUCCUUCCUUCAUCCAGGCUUAUCACCGUCAGCGUCAUCCGCCCCGAGCAGGCGGACUCUGAUAUCAUCAACCUCGAGGUGGGCGGCGACAUGACAAUAGAGCUCCUCAAAGCCAUCGUCGAAAGUGAAACCGCCAUUCCCCCGGAAGCCCAACAACUCGUCUUCAAUAAUCAGCUCCUCCAAAUCCCCUCGCAGACCCUCGACCAGGUUGGCAUCGGCGAGGGCGACAUGCUCGGCGUCCACGUCAACCUCCGUGGGGGUCCCCAAGCCCCCCUCAUCCCACUCCGCCGCCGCACCCCCUCCUCCGCCCCAGGCCCCAGCGCUGCGCCACGCCAUAACGUCGCUCCCCGUCCGGGCAUGCCAGAUCCGGAGACUAUCCGACUACACAUUCUGGGCGAUCCACGCGUGCGCGAAGCAGUGCGCAGACAGAACCCGGAGCUGGCGGCAGCGGCGGAUAAUGCGCAGCAGUUCCGGAAUGUUCUGCUAGCGCAGCAGCAGCGUGAAGCACAGGCCGAGGCGGAGAAAGAGGCUCGUAUUGCGAUGUUGAAUGCUGAUCCAUUCAACCCGGAGAAUCAGCGAGAGAUUGAGGAGAUUAUCCGCCAGAAUGCGGUUACCGAGAAUCUACACAAUGCCAUGGAGCAUCAUCCCGAAUCCUUCGGCCGUGUCACCAUGCUCUACAUCCCCGUCGAAGUCAACGGUCACCGACUCAACGCCUUCGUCGACUCCGGCGCCCAGGUCACCAUCAUGUCCCCAGAUUGCGCAGUUGCCUGCAACAUUAUGCGCCUAGUAGACCGACGAUACGGCGGCAUCGCCAAGGGCGUGGGCACGGCACCUAUCCUGGGCCGCGUGCACUCGGCGCAGAUCAAGAUCGGCGAAAUGUUCCUUCCCUGCUCAUUCACCGUCAUGGAGGGUAAGCAGAUUGACCUACUGCUGGGUCUGGACAUGCUGCGCCGACACCAAGCCUGUAUCGACCUGCAGCGUGGCGCCUUGGUCAUUCAGGACCAGGCCGUGCCGUUCCUGGGCGAGGCUGAUAUCCCCAAGCAUUUGACUGAAGAGUUCGAGGAUGAGCCGACCGUGAAGGGCGCGGAUGGUGCGGAGGUCGGCGCGCGUACCGGUGCGGUCACGCAUCAGGCUGGUGGUUCUACUACAGCUGGGCAGUCGCAACCACCCCAACAGCAACAGUCCCCACCAGCACCCAGAAUCAAUAUUCGGCCUGCGCCGGCGUCACGGUGGCCGCAGGCUUCUAUUGCGAAGCUGACGGAGCUAGGCUUCACGCGCGAGGAGGCGAUGCGGGCGCUGGACGCGGCGAAUGGAGAUUUGGAUGGGGCGAUUGGUUUCCUGCUUUGA